AACUACACCCCUGUCAACCUCGUGGCGUUCUGCCUUGCCGGCUUCGCCUGCGUAUCCGUGGUGGUGUUCCUUGCAUCCACCCAGCCGUUCUACAUCACCGAGGUCAUUGGCCUUCAGCAAGACAACAUCGGAAGCGUGAUCGGAACCUUGGGAGCCGUGGACGAGUUGACACUGAUCGUAACAGCACCGUUACUUGGGGCUCUUGCUGACAAGCUCAAUGGUUUGUGGUGGUUCCACAUGAGCGGAUCCAAGUUCGUCCAGAGCUCCAGUUUGCUUGUGGUAGCCAUAGCCCUCGUGGGGUAUGGCCAGUGGUGCACCAGUAUCGUACCGGAUCUCGUCUUUUUCAGAGCCGUGUUUGCAAUUGGAGUCACUGCAUGCAUGAGCAUGAUCACAGUGACGUUGAACGAGUUGUCAAACUCCGACUUCGACUUUGCCAAGUUCUGGCGUAGGUCUGACCAGUACCAGGUGGUGGAAAAUGGCGAGCUCGCCACCAGCCCCAAGUCCAAAAACGGCAAGUACGCAGCCAUGGUGGGUAUGGCCACGGGAAUGGGAGCCAUUUUUGCGGUUUCGUUCUUCCUUACCCUCCCACCCAAGUUGGUAGACAGAUACCCCAACCUUGACAUCAAGGGUGCCCUCAAGCUUUCGUACGACCUUAUCGCGGCAUAUGCGGUGCUCAUGGGAUUGUUGUUGUUCCUCUUCCUCUACGACUUCAAGAAGUCCGUUCCCGAAGUGGUGCAGGUCCCAGACGGCACUGUGGAGGAGGAACAUACGGCUGCGACUCCUCGCAAUGAGGCAUAUUUUGCCCUCAUCUACAAUGCGUUGGUGGAAUCGAAAAAAGACAGGCAAAUCCAGUUGGCGUAUGUGGGGGCUUUUGUCGCCCGGUCAACCACAGUCACUACGUCGGUGUUCAUCCCGCUUUUGGUAUACAACUACUACUACAAUACCGGAAAAUGCGGAAACUCUGCAACCGAUAAUUCCCCCGACUUUCCCUCUAAAGCUACCUGCCACGAUGGAUACAUCUUCUCGGCAAUUUUGACGGGGGUGGCACAAUCCGUUGCCUUGGUGUCUUCUCCUUUGUGGGGCUGGUUAAUAGACCUCAGAAAGGUUGGCAAACAGAAAACAAUUUUAAUGGCAUCAAUAACGGGAAUCUUGGGAAACUUUGGCCUUUGCUUGUUGAGCACCUAUACCCCUGAUGGCGUCUAUGACCCCCGCACCAGCGUAUGCUUUGUCAUGGUGAGCUUUAUCGGACUUUCGCAGAUCGGUAUAAUUAUUACAAGCAUGAGUAUUCUUAGCGGGGUCAAUAAAGCACCCCACAUGGGAAGUCUCAGUGGCCUCUACAGUUUAUGUGGAGGCUUGGGUAUAUUAGUGAUCUCCAAGGUUGGGGGAGUUUGGAGUGACUCUUGGAUUUUGGCUCCUUUUUUCCUACUAGGGACAUUCAACCUUGUUUUGAUGGUAGUC